AUGGACAGCGGCGUCUGGGCCUUCUACUACCUGCAGGGCGAGGACGGCGAGGACCGCGCGCACCCGAACGCCUUCCGGCUCGCCGGCGUCUCCCCGGGCGCCGACGUGACGCUAGCCGACGUGCUGCGGAGCUUCCCGCUGCGCAACCCGGCCGCCUUCCACUUCCGCUUCCGGCUCAACAACAGCAAGGGCAACACGUUCUACUGGCUGGAUGUCACGCAGCCGACGCAGAAGGUGCCGCUGGCGGGCGGCCGCGUCAUCUGCAAGCUGCUGCGGCUCGAGCGGCCGCAGAAGCCCGGCCUGGUCUUCCGGCGCCGGCCCGUGCUCAAGUGGGCGAGCGGCAGCCAGCCGCCCAAGCGCCAGGGCAGCAGCAGCGCGCUGGGCGACAGCGCCAGCAGCGUGCAGUCGGCCAAGGCCGUGCAGCCCGUGGCCGAGGGCGGCAGCUUCCACCGGUCGUCGUCCUCGCCGGGUUUCGAGCAGGGCCGGCCGGCCAAGUACUCGGACCGGGCGCCGGGCAGCGGCAAUGGAGACGCGCGGCAUAGCAACGCGUCGAGCCGCGCGUCGUCUACGUCCGGGGAGAAGAAGUCGAUGUCCAGGACGAGCUCAGGGUCCAGGCCGACGACGGCUCCAGCAGCAGCUCAGGGAGACCUGGAAGAUUUCCUGUCGGGCGGCCAGCAGUCGCCCGGCGGCAAUGCCACUGCCCCCGCCCCGUCACCGCCGAAGAAGGACGUGAACCUCAUGAGCGACAGCGGCUGGAACGACGCUCCGGCCGCCACCGCGCAGCCUACGAACGCUAGCUCGGACUUCUUGAACUCGAUGGACCCUCUCGCUGCUCGUGCCGCGCCGGCCCAGCAGGUAUCACCUUCCAAGGCGGUGCAGAGAGAAGCGCCCAAGUUCGACGAUGACAACGGACAGACGGUGGGCCCCGUGACGAUGGCCGAGAUGGAGGCGCACUCCAAGUCCACGUCGGACGGAUCGAACGUGUACAACCCGAACCUGGUGGACAAGUCGACCAAGAGCGAGGAUGUGCGUCGGGCCAUGGAGGAGCGCGAGCGACAGGUGCAACGUGAUGUGGAACGCGCUCGUGAAGAGCUGCGGAAACGUGAGGAAGCGGCCCGCAACAUGUCGGCCAUGAAGGAUAACGCUAACGCGGUGCUGGGUCCGAGGUUGAAGGCCUGGGCGGAGGACAAUGGCCGCGUCAAGAACAUCCGCACGCUGCUGUCUACGAUGCACCAGGUCAUGUGGGAAGACUGCAAGUGGUCCGAGGUGAACAUGGGCAAGCUCAUCCAGCCCAACGACGUCAAGAAGCACUACCGCAAGGCCAUGAUCGUCGUGCAUCCCGACAAGGCCGGCGGACGGAACGCCGAGCAGAUUCUCAUCGCGGAGCGCGUCUUCGCAGCACUGAACACUGCGUGGGAAGACUUCCAGAAGACCAAUCCAUGCUAG